CUAUUUAAAAAGCGCGAGCCUGGCAAUCAUCCUGGUUUUCAGGGUUUUAUUCCUGAUGGCGGUUCUCGGGGUUUUGGUAGCGCUUUCCGUUCUGCUGGAGGUCAUCUCUGCCACCUCUCUCGGGGUUGUGUCCACCGAGGGAGGGUUGGUGCAGGGUCAAAACCUUCUCCUGGGUUUCAGUCGCUACAUGGAUGUUUUUAAAGGCAUUCCCUUCGCUGACAUCCCUGGGAGGUUUGAGAAGCCAAAGAGUCACCCAGGCUGGAGCGGUACACUUAAGGCCACCCAGUUCAGGGACAAAUGCCUUCAACUGAACCCUUUCAUGACCAUCGUCUCUGGCAACGAGGACUGUCUUUACCUGAACAUCUGGGUUCCUCACCUUGGCUCAGUGGCCUCCAAUAUGCCCGUCAUGGUCUGGAUCUACGGUGGAGCUUUCAUGUUUGGUGAGUCAUUUGGAGCAAACUUCAUGGGAACCCAUCUCUACAAUGGACAGGAAUUGGCAGAGAGAGGAAACGUUAUUGUUGUGACGUUGGGAUACCGUGUGGGAACCCUUGGCUUCCUGAGUGCUGGAGACUCCACUCUUCCUGGAAAUUAUGGGCUGUGGGACCAGCAGGCCGCCAUUGCAUGGGUGCACAGAAACAUCCAGGCAUUUGGAGGAGACCCCAGCAACAUCACCGUCUUUGGAGAAUCCGCCGGAGGAGCCAGUGUUAGCUUCCAGACACUCACCCCUCACAACAAGGGAUUGAUUAGGAGAGCCAUCACCCAAAGCGGCGUCGCCCUUUGCCCUUGGUCUGUCAACAGAAACCCUCGCAAGUAUGCUGAAGAGCUUGCUCUGAAAGUCAACUGCCCCACUGACAGCGGAAUGGCCGACUGUCUGAAGAUGACGGAUCCAAAGGUUCUCACUAAAGCGGGAACCGUCUCUUUGACCAGCUCUCCUGACGACCCUUUUGUCGACAACCUGGCUCUUACUCCUGUGAUUGACGGCGACUUCCUGCCCGAUGACCCGUCCAAUCUGUUCCACAACACCGCCGACAUCGACUACAUGGCCGGAGCCAACGACAUGGACGGACACAUCUUUACCUUUUAUGAUGUCCCGUCGAUCAACUCUCCUCUGACGUUCACCUCUGUCGAUGAGAUCAAGAGGCUCCUGGGUGCUUUCACCAAGGAGAAAGGGACCCUUGGCUUUGAGAAUGCCUUCUCUACCUACACCUUGGACUGGGGAUCCAAUCCCAGCCAGGAGACCAUCAAGAAAACUGCCGUGGCCAUUGAAACAGACUACAUAUUCCUGAUUCCCACUCAGGCUGCCCUUUAUCUCCACGCCUCCAAUGCAGGAACUGGUCGCACCUACUCGUACCUCUUCUCUGAGCCCAACCGUAUGGGAAACUACAACAAGCCCUGGCUGGGCGCUGAUCACGCCGAUGACCUGCAGUACGUCUUUGGAUUACCUUACUCCACGCCGGUGAUGUACUGGCCGAAACAUCGGACCUUGUCUGGACACAUGAUCGCCUACUGGACCAACUUUGCUAAGACAGGAGAUCCUAACGUAGGAGAGCUGAGAACACCUGCAACAUGGCCGACAUUUACGUCCACUGGACACAAGUUCUUGGAGAUCAAUUCCAAGAUGGACGCCGGCUACGUGGGCCAGAAGCUGAGGUUGCGCUAUGUGAAUUUCUGGACCAGCAUUUUUCCCAACCUUCCCUCCAUCUACUCAGAAUAAAACCUGUGUUUGCAAUGAAGCCAAUGUCUAGUGGUGCUGGUUCAUAAACAAUAAACACAUGUGUGACGAAUACAAA